AUGUAUGUGGUUGACCAAUCAAGUCAUCGAAUUCAGAGAUUCAUUGCAGGUGCGUUACACUCACGAGUAAAUGUCGAGAGCCUACAUUUUCCGACUUUAGGUUCUAAUUUGGGUACUACUGUAGCUGGAAUUACCAGCAAUGGUGGAAUAUCAGUAACUCAGCUCAAAAGUCCUACAGCCAUAUUUGUCACACCCAGUAGCUUCAUGUACAUUGUAGACAAUGGAAAUCAACGGAUUCAGAAAUGGCGAAUAGGAGAGCCGUCAGGAUCCACCGUGGCCGGUGGUAAUGGGCCAGGAAGUGCUCUCAGUCAGAUAUCCAUAAGUUACGGAAUCUAUAUCCACAAUGAAUAUAAUAUAUACGUCUCAGAUUAUGGGAAUCAUCGUGUUGUUCUCUGGAAUGCCGGAAACACAACAGGUGGUCGAUUGGUGGCAGGAGGUAACGGUAAUGGCAAUGCGGACAAUCAGCUGAGCUUACCCUAUGGUAUCUACGUGGACCAAAACGGAACCUUAUACAUCGCCGAGUAUGGAAAUCAUAUAAUCUCAAAGUGGCUACCAAGUAAGACUACUAUGUUUUUAAUGCAUUUUUCACGACAGUAUUUAGAUGCAAAAUUCGGUAUUACGAUUGCUGGUGAGACUGCUGUAGCCGCCGCAACCACAAUAACAACUGAAUUGUCUCCAAAUCAGUUGCCAAAUGUACCAUGUGCAGAUGCUAGAUGGAGUAAUACCUCCAGAGUACUGGUUAAUACAUCCGAGGGCAAUCACUCUGCAAUAUCACUGCUUUUCGAUCCAUACGAUUUUAUUAUUGAUGUUAAUGAUAAUAUUUAUGUCGCAGAUGGUUCAAAUAAUCGUGUUAUUCGAUUUGCAACCGGAUCGACGAGUGGAGAAAUUGUUGCUGGUAUGGGUAGCGGUGGUAAAGGAAAAAGCGAACUUGCUUUCCCAACGGCUCUUUUUCUCACUCGCAAUUAUACUCUGUUCAUCGCCGACUCUAAUAAUUCCCGAGUACAAAAAUGGAAGUACGACGAACCGCUUGGAUUCACAGUUGCUGGUGGCGAUGGUUCUGGUGUGACACUUGACAAGAUCUCAGUGAGCUAUGGAUUGUAUGUUGAUGAUCAAUACAAUGUUUACGUAUCAGAAUACGAAAACCAUCGCGUGACUCUUUGGAUGAACAACAACAAAACCAUUGGCAGACUCGUAGCCGGCGGCAAUGGUAAUGGUACUGCAUCGAACCAACUUAACUGCCCUCGUGGUAUUCAUGUAACCACCAACGGUACGAUCUACAUCGCUGACUACAACAAUCAUAGAAUUCAAAAAUGGACACGAGAUGCCUCAUCGGGUUGGACUGUGGCUGGACAAUCAGGUGUUAAUGGUUCUAGUUCUCGUCAACUUUGGAACCCGACAGCUGUCCUGGUCGAUCAAUAUAACAAUUUGUUUAUUUUAGACACGAGGAAUACGAGAAUUCAAAAAUGGCCACCCGGCUCCAUAGAUGGAUCCACUGUUAUAUCCAUACCCGCGUCUUUCAUUGGUUACAGUAUGCGAUUCGAUCAAGCCGGAAAUCUUCUGGUAGUCGAUGGACUCCAUAAGCGCAUUAUUUCGUUUCCAGUUGUCUGCAGCAGUAAUGCAACCGGUAGGGUUUUCUCAAGACCAACAUCGGUAUUGACCUAA